GAUGUGAAAGCAGUUAGACCGACAAAAAAAAAAGGACCAACAUGAUUUAGACUCUUCUGUAGUCUGCUUUAACGGAGGGGGAAUGGGUAGACUAGUGCUGCACGCUAUUUUGGAAGAGAGGAUUUUCGUCCGUUUGAACCAGUAAUAUUGUACAGAGAUGCCAAUACAUCUGAUAGGGUAAAGAUAAAACAUUCGAAAAGAAAAGCAACAAUCUGGAUUCUGGAGGGCCGGAGAGCACAUAGGGAUGCUCGAGCGUUGUCACAGCGACACAACUUGCUAGGACACUGUGCACGCGCCCCGCCGAGAGGCAGCGUGAGCGAGCUAAAGAAGCAAUCGCACAAGCGCAGCAUCUUUUCGGUGCAUGGCUAUAACGGGUCGGAGGGGAAUCACGGAAAACCACCGCUAUUACCCAGAGACGAAGCAGGCAAGCGCCACCAUGAUUCAAAUCGUCCUCGCUAUUUAAACUGUCGUUUGAGCUAUCCUCUCCACCCGCAAAGGGCAAGCGGGGAUGUUUUUUUUGGUUGAAAAUCAACCUGCUUGCAAAAUCACUGUUGCCAAUUUAUGUAGACAAGGAAUUAGACAAGAUAUAGUUUCGUUGUCAACAAAUGAUAUAUAAAGAUAUAUAUAUAGAGACUCGUCAGAUGGAAAGCCACCGCUGGAAGAAUUAUUCCGAAAUCACUUUACAUGCCUUUAUCUCGUGUGUAAUGCGCCUCACGCAGCAAUAGGCUUUAUUUGUUGGAAUCCUUUUCCUUUCCUUUCGUCGUUGUCUCCGUGACCGUCAUCAGAAUGUGGUAGCCCGGUCAAUCUACCGGGAUUGAGCGGGUGUUGUCGGUAAACAGAACCUGGGAAGCGUUCUAAAACCGUCUCCUUCUGCAAAGGACUAUGCUUCAAUAUUUCCCCAUCUAGAGGAACGGUUUGACAGCGAUCUAGAAGUCAAAGAAGAUUCCUUUUGAAAACCCCUUGGAAUCUUGCUACCCUUUAGACCACAUAACAGUGGAGCUCCAGAACUACAGGGGCAGACACUGGCAACUCAGCCCAGACAUCAGUCACCCAGGGGUCCGUUUGUGACGGCGACAGUUGACCAGGAACUGUGACCGCAGACAUCGACCGUGAUGAGGACCGUACAGGAGGAUGGAACGUAACAGAGUUCUGACCGUGGAACCGUUCUCGCCCGCGACCGUAGAACACCAACACUGACCACAACCACACCUUCUAAAGACCGCCCGGUCUCCCCCUAACCCCCAACCUCUCCAGCCCCCUGUAUUACACUGCACCACCCACACCACUCCACUCCUCCUCCACCCCUCCUCCUGUACUCACUCCCUCGCUCCAGACCUCCACCCUUUCUGAGGGUCCACUUUUUCUUUCAUAAACACUCUCAACUACCCCUUCUCUCUUGUUCUCUUUCUAUUCCCUUUCUCUCCAAUAUUCUAUAUCUUCAUGAACAUUGAGUCCUCUUUGGAACCCUAACAUAGACGGACGAUAAUCAUUGAGUUGGAGGUGGAGUCUAUAGCUAUCAGUCAUGUAUCUUUUCCCUCUAUCCCUGUGUAAGCCAAAUGGGCGGGGUCUCAGCUUUAGUCCCCGCCCCUGCUGCAACAUGGCCGACACCUGUCUAGUCUGGCUGUUGGGCCUGGCUCUCCGCCUCUCUCUGACCUCCUGCCAGAAGAUAGACCCCGCCAACAAGCUGCCCACGGUGACCACCAACUACGGCAAGCUGCGCGGGCUCAAAAAGGACCUGAACAACGAGAUCCUGGGCCCGGUGGAGCAGUACCUGGGCGUGCCCUACGCCACCGCGCCCAUCGGAGACCGCCGCUUUCAGCCGCCCGAGGCACCGGGCUCUUGGCAGGAGAUCCGCAACGCCACGGCAUUCGCCCCGGUGUGCCCGCAGAACGUGCACGGCGUGCUGCCGGAGAUCAUGUUGCCGGUGUGGUUCACAGACAACCUGGAUGUGGCAGCCAGCUACAUUCAGAACCAGAGCGAGGACUGCCUCUACCUCAACGUCUACGUGCCCACCGAGGACGGUCCGCUCACAAAAAAACACGAUGAGUCUACAAUGAACAGACCGAGAGAUGAAGACAUCCGUGACCGCAGGAAGAAGCCGGUGAUGCUGUUCAUUCACGGCGGCUCCUACAUGGAAGGAACCGGAAACAUGUUUGACGCCAGCGUCCUCGCCGCCUACGGCAACGUCAUCGUGGUCUCUAUGAACUAUCGUCUGGGCGUGCUCGGUUUCCUGAGUACAGGGGACCAGUCAGCCAAGGGGAACUAUGGUCUGUUGGACCAGAUCCAGGCCCUGCGUUGGCUCAAUGAGAACAUCGGCCAUUUUGGGGGCGACCCCGAGCGCAUCACCAUCUUCGGCUCCGGCGCCGGGGCGUCCUGCGUCAACCUCCUCAUCCUCUCGCACCACUCCGAGGGUAAGGGGCACACUGGGUUGUUCCAGAGGGCCAUAGCCCAGAGUGGCUCAGCCAUCUCCAGCUGGUCGGUCAACUACCAGCCCCUGAAGUACACCAAGAUCCUGGCCCGGAAGGUGGGCUGCAGCCACUCAGAGACGGCAGAAUUGGUGGACUGCCUGAGGAAGAAGAACUUCAGGGAGCUGGUGGAUCAGGACAUCCAGCCGGCACGCUACCACAUUGCCUUCGGACCCGUAGUGGACGGAGACGUGGUGCCGGAUGACCCUGAGAUACUCAUGCAGCAGGGGGAGUUCCUGAACUAUGACAUCCUGAUAGGAGUGAACCAGGGAGAGGGGCUGAAGUUUGUAGAUGACAGUGAAGACAAUGAUGGGAUCUCAGCUGCAGCGUUCGACUACACCAUCUCUAACUUUGUGGACAAUCUCUAUGGAUAUCCUGAGGGUAAGGACAUCCUGAGAGAGACCAUUAAGUUCAUGUACACUGACUGGGCCGACCGUGACAACGGAGACAUGAGAAGAAAAACCCUCCUCGCCCUGUUCACGGACCACCAGUGGGUGGCGCCAGCGGUGGCCACGGCCAAACUGCACGCCGAGUUCCAAUCUCCUGUUUACUUCUACACAUUCUACCACCACUGCCAGACGGAGACACGGCCAGAGUGGGCGGACGCGGCCCACGGGGAUGAGAUCCCCUAUGUGUUCGGGGUGCCCAUGAUCGGAGCCACCGACCUGUUCCCCUGCAACUUCUCUAAGAAUGAUGUCAUGCUCAGUGCUGUAGUCAUGACGUACUGGACAAACUUUGCUAAGACGGGGGACCCCAACCUGCCGGUGCCUCAGGACACCAAGUUCAUCCACACCAAGCCCAACCGCUUCGAGGAGGUCAUCUGGACCAAGUUCAACUCCAAGGACAAGCAGUACCUCCACAUCGGUCUGAAGCCCCGCGUCAGAGACAACUACCGAGCCAACAAGGUGGCCUUCUGGCUGGAGCUGGUCCCUCAUCUACAUUCCCUCCAUGACGAAUUCCCCCCCACCACCAGGCUACCUCCAGGCAGCACCCGCCCCCCCGGGGUCCCCUGGAAGCCCAAACCACGCACCACGGGCCACCCCUACCCGACAUUCCCUGACCCCGUGGAGCCCUACGGAUCAGAGCGGCCCAGACUGGACCUCUUCCCCGGUGACACACGCGAUUAUUCCACAGAGCUGUCGGUGACAGUGGCAGUGGGGGCGUCGCUACUCUUCCUCAACAUCCUGGCAUUCGCAGCGCUCUACUACAAGCGGGACAAGCGGCAGGAGAUGCGGCGCCACCGGCUCUCCCCGCAGCGCCAUGGUGGGCCCGCCAAUGACCUGGCACACAGCCAGGAGGAAGAGAUCAUGUCCCUGCAGAUGAAGCACUCGGAGCACGACCCACACCACGACAUGGAGCCCCUCCGUCCCCACGACAUCCUGCGGCCUGCCUGCCCGCCCGACUACACUCUGGCCCUGCGGAGGGCCCCGGACGACGUGCCCCUCAUGACCCCCAACACCAUCACCAUGAUCCCCAGCACCAUCACCGGCAUGCAGCCCCUCCACCCCUUCAAUACCUUCCCCAGCACCGGCCACAACAACACCCUGCCCCACCCCCACUCCACCACACGCGUAUAGUAAAGCUAGAGCUCCCCCUGGGGGACCGGUGGACCAACUACUACGCGCUCUGGCUCCCUCUCUAUGGAUAUCUCUCUCUCUCUCUUACUCUGUUUCUCCAACCGUCAGCCUGCUGCCCUCAUGCUGUGUACUUCCUACAGUGCCACCUGUUGAGGUUAAGUGGAAGUGCAGCUGAACUGCAGGGGCAGCAGAUGUUAAGGGGGGACAUUGAGACAUUUAGAAACUAUUUUGAUGGGGUCUCAUAUUCUCUGACUCUGACAACCCCCAAACCUUCCCAGAGGACGAUCCUCUUACUGUGCUUUUCAUUUUGUUGUUUUUUCAUCCCCCUUUUUAUCAAUUUCUGUGCUGUAAUAGGGUUGAAGAUAGUUUUUUUGGGUGUUGGGUAAAGUGACCUCUGAUAUAUUGGAAAACCUCUAUCUCUCUACUCAUGUCAUCUGCUUACUUGAUAUAGUGUUUUCUCUUUUCUACAUCCAUCUCUUUCCCUCUGUAGUUCUAAACCCCCCUCAAAUGAACCCCUCAGCCCACCCUUAGGAAUUGUUGGGAGUCUUUUUCAUACAAGGCGUACAGUACAUACAGUUAGCAUCUAUCAUGAAAAUAUUGAUAUUCUGAUAUCGUCCUUCUACCAGCAUUCUUGGUGCCAAGUACUGUGUUGUUUUCCCAUAGGAGGGAACUGAGAGAGAAUCAAGAGUGUGGAGCUGUAUCAAGAUAGCCUACUGACUGUGUUCAUGAAAAGUGCCAAUUUGGCCUAUCUUGUGUGCUUUUUUUCUUUGAUUGUUUGGUUGUUGCUUUCAGUUCUUAUUUUUUUGUGGAAAGAAUUUUAAGUAUAUAGAUAUAUAGUUAUAUAUAAAUGUGUACAAAGAAGAAGAUAUAUAAAUGGUUUUCUCAGUGGGGAUCUAUGCAUGAAUUAUUUUUUUAAAUGAUGAUGGGGAAAGGACACUGGAUAGUCAAUGUUUCCACACGUCUCCUGUUUUAAACCAUUUCUAUCUCUAUUUCAUAUGCUUUUUUCUUCCUAUUUUAUUCUUCAAAAACAAAAAAAUGGAGGCAAUUAAAAAAAAACUGCACGGAUGCUUCUUUGAUUUGCACAAUUAUCCUUUACAACAAGAGAAACCUGACUGGAACAAAUAUGAAUAAAAUAAUGAUCAUACAUCUUGAAUAUACAACACAUUCCGUAUCAUCACCAUCUCCCAUGUUCAUUGCUUACUGUCUACUAUUGCACUAUAGACCACAUGCUACGCCAACCAAAUCAACUACCCAGUAAAUCAAAUCAACCUUUAUUCUUACAACACAUUUCAUACAAAGCAGGUGCAAACCAAUGCGACCACAUAUCAGUCGCACAGAGACCCCACUCUCCCUGCUCUGCUAUCGUCAUCAGGCCAGGGCCCCUGAGGGCCCCUCUUAUGUAAUGUGAGAUAUUGGUGCCACUCUAGCAGCUCUGUCUUUGUCUCGUAAUAACCAGGCCAUCCACUGAGCCUUGGGCCCCUGUCUCUCUGUGAGUCAUUAUGGCAGGCAUGGAAGCCAUAAUCUGCCACUGAAAUGGCAUCCUAUUCCCUAUUGCACUACUUCUGGCCAGUCAGGCAAAAAGUAGUGCACUAUAGGCAUUAGAUAGGCAUUAGGGUGUUGUUUUGGACACAUUUCUAGAGGUAUUGGUGUCCAUUAUGCUCUGGUCAAAAGAAGUGUACUAUGUAGGGGAUAGGGUGCUGCAGGUAGAGAUAUUGAAGGUACAUACAGUACUCAAGUCUUGGAGGCUCAUAGAACGUUACUUUCCUAAUUCUGUUAGUAGGAAGGAGAGAAAAGGACGUUCUCACUCUCCCUCCUUCUUUCACACAUUCUGUCCUAUCUUCGCCUCUAUUUCCAGCACAUGCAGAUUUUGUUUGAUGAGUGAGUGUGCGUGCGUGCGUGGGUGUGUGUGUGUGUACGUACAUGUCAGCACAGCUUCACCGGGGCAAGGGUAAUUAGAGUGCAUGGAGAAUGAUGGAGGGAGACAGAGGGAGAGAGAGAACGAGAGAGAGAACGAGAGAGAGAGACAGACAUCUCAACUCAGAGGCUCAUCCCCAUGAUGUGAACCCGCACUCCAAAAUAACAUCUCUCCAACUGCUUACACACACACUCCUCCAUUCCUCCCACCAUUCCGUUUUCCCUAUCCCUUUCUCCUUUCCCCCACCAGUAAACACCAACAUUUAACUAACUAGGCGUAAUAGCUACAUGAAUGUGAAGAGUUGAGUAGAACUCACAUACUUUUCAACUCAUGACUUCGCUGUGUACAGUCAUUCAACCCUGCAUCUCCUGACCCUUAAUCCCUGACCCCUCACCCUGCUGACUCUGUUGCUCCCACAACCCCUUAGCUCUACUGCUGUGUAUGUAACUCUAAGCACACUGAGCAAGACUGGGGGUCUGUCAGCCAGGCCACGGUCUGUGAUAACAAAGCUGGUAGAGGACCUUAGACCAAGAGGCAGCAAAGUGAUCAGUUGUUGCCGGGUUUUAGUUUUUCUUUUUUUAACAGGGAAAAACACAUAAAAGUCGAGGUAAAGUCUAUUGAUAAAGCACCUGACUGUAAUGCUCUAAUAUGGCCAGUAGAGGGGGCCGACGGGUUAAUAUGAUUAAUCCCACUGAACAGAACUGUAGAGCUGUGAGUGAGAACCCACAGUGCACUGUAUCCUCUAUGGGAAACCGUUAGCGACCAUGUUGUGUCUAUGCUUGUGUUUAGCUUUUAGACUUUUCUUUGGUUUCUAUUUCAUUACUGCUUGAGGAUUGUGGAAGUUGAGGGGAGAAUGUGAGAGAACACAGUGGUAGAGUCAGACUGUGUUAGCCUACUGAGAGAGACCGUGUGUGGUGGGGAAAUGGGGGAAUGAUCAGCUGCACAAUAUACUGUAACAUAGACUGGACUGGGGUUGUGGUCAAUGGGAGCUAGAGAAGGACUCAACACAAGCUGUAUUCUUGGACUAGAAGAAGAAACCUGGGAGAGAGACUCAAAGCAUCCAAGUCAUCAUCACAACCUUAAACACAGGGGAAAGGUUGUGAUGAUGUGACUGGUCAACUGGGACAGUGGACAGACUUAUUUCAUCGAUGGGAGCGAUCCGAGUCUGUCCUAUGAAGAGUCGUUGUGCCAUUAGAUCCUAGUGAACUAUUUUAUACUUAUUCAUGUGAAUAAGAGGGCCAUGGGAUGUCGCAGAGGAAACUACUGCUAGUACAUAUACAACAAAACAGAACUUCAACCAAUAGAAGAGCGACAGAAGCUAUUUCCUUUUUUCUGUUGUUUUCCUUGACUAUUUUAUAGGUUUACACACUAGAGGGCGCCAUGGUGACACACAAUCACCAUAACAACCUAUCUGUCAGCCUCUGAACAUUCGGAAUGUGGAGGAAUACAUUGUUGCGUGACACAGAGACACGUCAAAAAAGAGGAGCAAAACUGUACAUUUUUAAGUGUAAGAACAAACAAACAGGCAAAAAUAUUUGUAAAUAUUACGUUUCUUGUUUGUUUUUUUCGAGUGAAUGAAAUGACUUUGUGACAACAGAGACAACAGGUGCAAGUUGAUAAGGGGCCACCAGCUAGUAUUGUACCUUCACUGUACACCAUUUGAAUAUAUUCUCUGCUGUACUCUUUCGAAGGAUUCAGGAAAGUCAGAUUCUAGUUCUAUUAGCCCCGUGUUGUCAGUGCAGGAUGUAACAAAGUUGUGCAGAAGUGGGUAGACAAUGGACAUUCAGGACAAAGUCAUAGAGUUGUCUAUGUAGCAUCUUGACUCCUCAACCUGUGAAAGCACUAAGCAAACACUGUAGCAGGGAUACUGACCCAUUCUUACUCUGUGCUGUUGUUAAUAUGGUCUCUAUCCCACAUUCAAAUGGGACAUGCGUAACUGCAGGCCUUUAUUAGAUGUCUACCACACGUGCAUAUCUGUAUGAUGAUGCAGGAUACCUUAAAGGCGGAAUCUGUCAUUCCCACUUUCCCCUAUGGCAACUACAAUGCAGGGACACUUUUACCGGAAAUUAAAGUUACAGAGCGCACCUUUAAAAACAACCGUGUGGCUUCUGGAGUCUGGAUAUUCACUCCCUGUUGACUUUGGUAUUGUAGCGUAGCCCCAAAACCACAGGGGGAUAAAGAAACGAGGGCUUUAUGUAACCUAAGAUGCCUCUGAUCUAGCCUGGUCCCAGAUCUGUUUUGGCCCUCUUCCCAACUCCUACGGUCAUUGUCACGACUAGGAGUUGACUACACAGCACAAACCGAUCUGGGACCAGGCUACCUCUUAUCCUCAUUGGAAAUCACAUACUGCGGGUGGGUCACAUGUCCCCCUGAAUACACUGCGUUACGUACAAUAUCUGUAUGUGUCCUGUUCAUGUAGGUUGUGCUACAUGACCUCAUCAUAAGCUAUUGGUACAGCUACGCUUGCCUUCCGGGUGGAGAGAUGUGGUGGGAAUGAGUUGCUUUGACCACUGCACGCCUAGUGGCCAGACGGUUGGACGACAUUACAAGACAUGCAUAGGUGUUGACCUGGAAGUGAGUGUGAGUGUAUAAGUGAGAGCAUGUGUUAGGAUAGCUAAUGUGGUGUGUAUGUGUUAGGUGUGUACUCCAUUUUGUUGUAGCCUUGGUUUGGACUUACACAGAGUUUUAGAUAUCUAGUGUUAAUUUAAGAUGACUUUGAAACAACUGAACCAACCCCCAAAAAAUCCAUAUUGGAUUUUAAUGUAUUAUUCCUCGCACUCAGACCAUGAAGAAAGUCAUUAUUUUUGGUCCAAAACCAAUUCUGUUGACAGUGUGUUGAUUUUCAAUGAUAAAUCAGUUGUUAAAGGAUUAUAAAGCAGUUAUCAUAGUUUUAUAGAUUUGCCGGAGCGGUGCUCUGUUGGAAAAACACCUGAAAUAAAAGGGGCAGUACGUAACAAUGUUUCAUGUAGGUGAAUUUCCUGCUUUGCUUGUGACUACGUGUCAUGGUUGACCGUCUAAACAGAGAAAGGUUUGUAUAUGUUAUGGUCUAUGUACCUGAGAGUUCAGGUAAACUGAAGCACAUGACCAAUAUCCCUGGGAAACAUUCGGAGUUCGGUGUCAGUUCGGCCUGCAUAGCAACAUUUGCACCUGUUGUCUUCUUUUUCAUUUCUUUAUUGAAUUAAGAAACCCAAGACUUGAGAUGAAGAAAACAUGUUAAAAAUCAAUUUUAAAAAAGAGCAUUAUUAAACAGGUAAAAUAAAACUAUAUAAAUAAGGUGAUGAUAUUUCUGUUUAGUUAUGACACACUGUAUGCUGUGAUUCUGAUGCGGGGCACAUAAAGACGUUCAUAGCCAG